AGGCGUCGCAAUUUCACAUCGGAGUGGCGGGGCUGAGCGCCAAGGCCCGCGACGGAGCCCACACGGCCCGGAAGGGAACGCGAAUGUUGCGCGUCAAUCGCAUCGUCAACCAUCCAUCUUACAAUCCGUCCAAGAGCAAAGUGGCCGACGACAUCGCCCUGAUUCAAUUGGACCAGGAAGCCGAGUGGAACGAUCUGGUCCAGCCGUCCUGUCUCCCCAAUCCAGACAAAGAUUCCUACACCGGAAUGACCACCGUGGCAGGAUGGGGUCUGACCAACGAGAUCCAAAACGAGAAUUGGUGUAAUUUACCGGGGGAUAGAGAAGGAAUGAAAACACCAUAUAUAUUUAAAAAAAAAAAUCUGUAUUUCUCAGGAUCUCAGGUAUAA